GAGUGGGGAGCUGGCGAUCUGCAGCUCCGGGGCGCCUGGACGCGGUCUUGGCAGGCCUUCGCCUUUGGCUGGGAAGGGGAGGAGGUGUCAACGAUGAACCGCAGCAAGAGCUUCCGCGUCACCAAGCGCUACCCGGAUCGCAAGACUCGCAUGGGCCAGCC